UGCAUGUGUUAUUCAUAUCUACAUAGAGAUUAGUGAGAAAGAAAAAAAUGUUUUCCAGCAUUAAAUCAUAUGUCACAUUUGUGACAUUUCUUUUCCUUUCCACCGCCGUCAACUCAUGUCUUCCUUCCGACCGCCAAGCUCUACUAACCUUCCGAGCCGCUCUCCACGAACCCUACCUAGGCAUAUUCAACUCCUGGACCGGACCAGACUGUUGCCACAACUGGUACGGCGUCAUCUGCGACACCGUCACCCGCCGCAUAGCCGACAUUAACCUACGCGGCGAAUCCGAAGAUCCAAUCUUCGAACGAGCCCAUCGAACCGGAUUCAUGACCGGUUCGAUUUCUCCCGCUAUUUGUCGCCUCAAUCAUCUCUCCUCUAUCACAAUCGCCGAUUGGAAAGGAAUCUCCGGCCCAAUACCUUCCUGCAUCGCAUACCUUCCUUUCUUAAGAAUCCUCGAUCUAAUAGGAAACAAACUCACCGGCGAAAUCCCCUCCGACAUUGGCCUUCUUACUCACCUCACCGUCUUAAACGUCGCCGACAACUCUUUAUCCGGGACCAUUCCCCGUUCAAUUACUAACCUAUCAUCCUUAAUGCAUCUCGAUAUCCGUAAUAACCAGAUUUCCGGCACCAUUCCAAUCAACUUCGGAAAACUGAGGAUGCUGAGCAGAGCUUUACUCAGUCGAAACCGAUUAACCGGUCAAAUCCCAGUAACCGUCUCUUACAUCUACCGACUCGCCGAUUUAGAUCUCUCUUUCAACAAGAUUUCCGGUCCAAUUCCAGAUGGGUUAGGCAAAAUGGCGGUUCUUGCUACAUUGAAUCUCGACGGGAACGGGAUCGGCGGCCAGAUCCCGGUGACGUUGAUGAAUUCGACAAUUAGUAGUUUGAAUCUGAGCAUGAACAAUCUGGAAGGUACGAUACCGGAUACGUUUGGUCCGAGGUCGUACUUUACGGCGAUAGAUCUGGCGUAUAAUCGUCUCCGGGGGAAUUUUCCGGCGUCGAUAUCGAAGGCGACGUUUAUUGGACAUCUGGAUGUGAGUCAUAAUCAUCUGUGUGGGAAGAUACCGACGGGAUCUCCGUUUGAUCAUCUUGAAGCGUCGUCGUUUGUGUACAAUGAUUGCUUGUGUGGGAAACCUCUGAUCAAACAAUGUUAAUUAAGGAUUAAUUAAGGAUGUAAUUUAGAGUUGUUAAACAAGUGGGGGUAAUUAUUAAUUACUAUGGGGUUUGUGUCAUAAAGUAUGUAGUCUCCAAUCAAUCAAGUGGAGAUUCAUGCACGUAACUAAUCUUCUUCUUCUUCAUCUUCUUCAUUUGGGUCUUCAUGGCCCAUGAUGGGGAUGACAGAUGACAGAGUCAUUGGUGAAGAAAGGGGAGAAUUAGGUCAAUGCAUUUUCAGAUGGUGACUUAACAGUCUGAUUCUCAUUGAUCAGUCGUCUUUCAUAUGUAUUAUUAUUAUUAUUAUAUUGAAUUGAGAAGCUUAUAUUAUAUAUAUACUAUAUUAAGUUGUA